AUGGUAUCUCCUGACGAAAAACCUGAUGAGAAGUCGUUUCUCCCACCACCCGCAAGUUCCGCAUCCGCAUAUGCUCAUCGUCAAAAAAAUAAUUCGGUUAUACGAAUUUUUUCUGUAGUAGCAUUCUAUUGGAUUGCUUCUUUGGCCGUCGUAUUUUUAAAUAAAUUUAUUUUAAGUACUUCUGAGUAUAAAUUUCCAUUUCCUCUUUUUGUCACAUGGUUUCAAUUGAUCGUUGCAUUGGUUAUCCUAAUGAUAUGUGGAACGUUGGGUCAAAGCUUUAAGACAUUUUCUGUUAUCCCACCAUAUGAAUGUGAGAUGAAUAUUGCACGAAAGAUUGCACCAUUGACUUUUAUGUAUGUUAUGAUGUUGACUUUCAAUAAUAUGUGUUUACAAUAUGUCGAAGUUGCUCGCUCUUUAUCAAUCAUUUUUAAUAUUAUUUUCACAUAUACAUUAUUAGGAGGGAAAACAUCAUUUCCGGCAUUAGCUUGUUGUAGUGUUGUAUUCAUGGGUUUUGUUAUAGGAUCAUAUGGUGAAAUAAAUUUUUCUUGGGAAGGAAUAAUUUAUGGUGUGGCAUCAAGUGUAUUUGUUGCCUUGUAUGGAAUUUAUGUUAAAAAGACAUUAAUCUAUGUUGAAAAUGAUCAAUGGCGCCUUCUUCAUUAUAAUACAACACUUUCUGUAUUUUUACUUUUCCCUUUGGUAUUAUUUUCUGGUGAAUUACAAGAUAUUGUUAAUGUUCACUUUUUAGGAGAAACAAACUUUUGGAUUUUGAUGAUAUUCACUGGAAUAACUGGUUUUAUAAUCAAUAUUGCAAUGUUUAUGCAAAUAAAAGUUACGACACCUUUAACAAAUACUAUAUCUGGAACUGCAAAGGCUUGUUUCCAAACAGCUCUUGCAGCUUGGUAUUUCCAAAAUGAAAUAUCUACAAUGGAAGAAAUAAUUUCUCAAAGGACGAUAGAAGUAAUGUCUAUUUUAACUAAUUCUAGCCAAAACUUUGUAACAGAAAAUAGUGGAUUAAGAACUUUCGACAAAGUCAUGUUCAAUCCUUCUUCAACAUUGGACAAUAAUAGGAAGCGUUAUAUUUGUAGUAAUUCCCAAGCGAUGCCUACCACUACCACUACCACUACUUCCUCAACAACAACACCAACGUUAGGAUCCAUGUCUGCAUCAAAAUAUACCGAGUCUGUUCCAUCUUUCUCUAUAAAAUCAAUGAAUCAAAAUCAAAAUCAUCUUUCACAUAACGAUAAUGAAAAUAAUACAAAAGAUGUUAAAGAUGUCAAAGGUGAUUUAAGUUUAUUAUUAGUUAAAAAAGUUCAACCACCAACUCCACCAAGGAUUACAACUUCUGUUAAUGAAGACUCGGAUGUUAUAGUAACAAAGAAAACUCAACAUCAACGAGUAGCUUCAGAUGAUGAUGCUUUAGGAACAUUACCAAGUCCCGCCACUUCAGUUUUAGAUUUUCCUGGAACAAAUAAUUCUAUUAAUUCUAUUCAUCACAUAAAGAAUACGAUUCCUUCAUUUAAAAGGAAAUUUGUUUCUAAGGAAUCGAAUUUGGGGUUGAAAAAUUCUUUAUCUACUUUAGAAAUGAUCGGUCAAUAUGCUGUUCUCAAAACAAUUGGGUCAGGUGCUUUUUCCGAAGUUAAAUUGGCAGUAAAUUUAAAUACUGGUGAAAAAGUUGCAAUUAAAAUGAUUUCAACAAAAGGAAUUCAUGAUAGUGAUAGAUUAAAAACCGGUGUUUGGAGGGAAGUUGAAUUGUUAAAGUUUAUCGAACAUCCUAAUAUAGUUAAACUGAUCGAUACAAUUGAAACACCCAAACAUCUUUGUCUAAUUCUUGAAUAUGUUCCGGGUGGAGAAUUAUUUGACUUCAUUAAUGAUCAUUUUGAUAAACUUACUGAAGAUAUUGCCAAAGAUAUUUUCCUUCAACUUGUUAACGUCAUUAAUUAUCUUCAUGAUGUUAAUAUAGUUCAUCGUGAUCUUAAAUUAGAAAAUAUAUUACUUGAAAUCCCUUAUCCAUCAUUCAAUUCUUCAUCUCCUUCAUCCAAUUCUUCAUCUAAUUCUUCAUCUUUAUCUAAUUCAUGGAAACCAAUUGUUAAAUUAACAGAUUUUGGUUUAGCUAAAUUUCUUGAUAAAAAUUCACCAUUUUCAACUACUAGAUGUGGUUCAGAAGAAUAUGCGGCUCCAGAAUUAAUCCAAGUUCAACCAUAUGAUGGUAGAAAAACCGACAUAUGGUCAUUAGGGAUCAUUUUAUAUACCUUAUUAAUGGGUUAUUUACCAUUUAAUCAAGAACGUGGUCAAAGUAGAAAACAAUUUUUAAGUAAAAUUGUUAGAGCCGAUUUUAAUUUUCCUAAAUCUUCUGAUGUUAGUGAGGAAGCGAAAGAUUUAGUUAAAAAGAUAUUAGUAAGUUUACCAAGUAAACGUCCGAAUUUGGAUGAGAUUAGAAAACAUCCUUGGUUAAAUUCUGUACAUUUUGAAUUGGAUAACAAUGAAUAA